AUGGUGAACAUCGUAGGGCUCUCAAGUCUCAACGGCCGUAACAACGACGACCGUCGCCAGGAUAGGGAUCAAUCCAAUCAAUAUUAUGCCGGUGGUGCUUCGGAUCGUGGUGGAGGUAGUGGUUUAUCGGUUAUUGGCCCAGGAAAUGGCAACGAUCACGUGGCAAACAUUAUCGGUCGUGCUCAGCAGGACGCACGUGCUGCUGUCGUAGCUGGCGACUCGACGCAGCCUCGACACGUGAUCACUUUUUACAGGGAAGGAUUUACAGUGAAUGACGGUCCGUACCGUGCACGCUCGGACCCGUCGAAUCGGCUGUUCUUGGAGGCACUGGAGCAGGGCCAUGUGCCACAGGAAUUGGAAGGUGAAAACCGCAAUGAACCCGUGGAAAUUAGUCUGGUAGACAAGAGAGAGGAGAAUUAUGUGGCACCACCACCACCUGCUUAUACGGCAUUCAGUGGAGAGGGACAGACAAUGGGCUCAAGUACAUAUGCAGCUGAAGCGGUGAUUCAAGGAGAUGCCCAAGUGGCGAAACGUCCGAUGAUUGACGACAAGAAACCGACCACAACGUUGCAGAUUCGUCUGCAUAAUGGUCAACGGUUGAGAGAGACACUGAAUUUGGAUCAUUCCAUUCGUGACUUGCAUGCGAUUAUUCGACUGAAUGAUGCUGGAACACAACCGUACACACUGUUGGCUGGUUUUCCACCACGACCCGUGUCUACGGACCUGGAUCAGACGAUUGAACAGGCCGGACUUAAAGGUGCCGCUGUCACUCAGAAGCUCAUAAACGUCAUGGCUGCAGCACCUCCAAGACGUAGUAGUAUUAGUACAGCCAAGGCUUUUGUAGGGCAGAUUUACAUUGCAUUGCAGUCCUCGAUCCGUUCUACCCCUACUAUUGAUGGUAUCGACUGCUUUCGUCUCUGGGUUCAGGUCGGCAUCGUGAUUGCCACGUCUGAAGAUCGAAAUCAAUGCACAGUAGAUGACGGCACUGGCAUUUUGCAGCUAGAGCUCAAGAUUUUCCUCAAAAAUGCACCUCCUGGUAUCGAUGCUCGACCUCGAUUGGGUGACUACAUUAUGGCCAUUGGUCCGAUGCAGAAGGUAAAGGCAGACAUUGACGUCUCCGUACGCACAUUGUUGGCGCAUCAGGUUGUCAAGUUGGACGCCAAGUUACAACGCGAACCAAUGUGGUAUCUGGAAGUGAUCGAGUAUUGGACGUCCGUCGUGCAAAAGAAUCCCACUACUGCAUAG